GCGUUGAAUUGUGGGAGGCGUAUGUACUAUAUAGCAAAAAGUCUAGAGAAAAAAUCUAUAGGCUGGGUUAUGCAGAUCUCGCCUCAGCCUAGUGACCCGUCCGGCAAGCGCGUGCACGCGAGCAGCGCACUUUCGGGCUGCCAUGGAAUGGACGCGCAUCCUUCAUCCAUAAUCUCAAAACACGCUGAGGGAAGUUCGCCCGUGAAAAAAAGCCCCAGGGAGAUGACGAAUGAGUCGGAGGCAGACACUUUCCCCGAGCCCAAGGACGCGCACGGGGGCAAACUCUCCCCUCCCGGCAGCGGUGCGCACGGAGACGCCGACGCCUGUCACGGUCACACCCUCCAUGGAGCAGGAGCGGGAGACAAGUGCAACUUCUCUCCGUCCGCGCAGCCUCCGCCGUCCGCCUCCGCAGGAGUCAUGUUCCCCUACCCGAGCCAGCACGCCGCCUUCUCCAUCGGCAGUCCCAGCCGCUACGUGGCCCACCACCCGGUGCUGGCCAACGGAGCCUACAACGGACUGCUGAGCAACUCAUCGGCGGCCCAGGGUUACCCACCGCCGCCGCCUCCGCCGCCUGCCUCCGCCGCCGGUUACCCGUACGCGCAGCAGUACGGGGCCGCGUACCAGGGAGGCGCUUUCUACCAGUUCUCCCCGGCCCAGGCUCCAGGGUUGGUGCCUGGGAAAGCGCAGGUCUACCUGUGCAACAGGGCCCUGUGGCUCAAGUUCCACAGGCACCAAACCGAGAUGAUCAUCACUAAGCAGGGACGGAGGAUGUUCCCGUUUUUAAGUUUCAACAUUUCAGGCCUAGACCCAACUGCUCACUACAACAUUUUUGUGGACGUUAUCCUGGCUGAUCCAAAUCAUUGGAGGUUCCAGGGAGGCAAGUGGGUCCCCUGCGGAAAGGCGGACACCAACGUCGGAGGAAAUCGAGUUUACAUGCACCCGGACUCGCCCAAUACGGGUGCACACUGGAUGCGUCAGGAAAUCUCUUUUGGCAAAUUGAAGCUGACAAACAACAAAGGGGCAUCGAACAACACGGGACAGAUGGUGGUGCUUCAGUCUUUGCACAAGUACCAGCCGAGGCUCCACGUGGUGGAAGUGAACGAGGACGGCACGGAGGACGGCAGCCAGCCUGGCCGAGUGCAGACGUUCACCUUCCCCGAGACGCAAUUCAUCGCUGUCACCGCCUACCAGAACACCGACAUUACGCAAUUGAAAAUUGACCACAACCCUUUUGCCAAAGGAUUUCGUGACAACUAUGACACUGUGUACACAGGCUGCGACAUCGACCGUCUCACUCCGUCCCCGGGCGAUUCCCCCCGCUCGCAACUCAUGGCCGGGCCUCGCUACGCCGUGCACAGCCCUUUCCUCCAGGAGCAGUUCGUCAGCUCCUACGCCAAAUCUCGCUUCCAUCCCGGGGUGGCGGCGGCUGCUGGCGCCGACCGCGGCAUGGCCCUCGGCAACAGCUUGCAGGGCGACGAGGCCUCGGUGGGCGGUGCCCCGCAGCGCUGGUUCGUCUCCCCUGCCAACAACCGACUGGACUUUGCCGCCUCGGCCUACGAGGCUGCCGACUUCGCCGGCAACGCUGCCACCCUGCUGUCAUACGCCGCCGCCGGCGUCAAGGCGCUGCCCUUGCCCGCGACGGGCUGCUCCAACCGGGCCCUCGGCUACUACGCGGACCCUUCCGGGUGGGGAGGACGCACCCCGCCGCAGUACUGCGGGGGAGUCGGCGGCAAAGCGAGCUCCGUCUUCCCCUGCUGGCCCGCCAACUCCAUCGGGGGGAGGAGCAACUGCCUGGCCGAGGAGGGCGACUCCGUCCCCACGCAGCGCUCGCCCGGCGCCUCGGAGGAGGCCAAGGCCAAGGACGUGACCUCCGAGUCGAGCUGGAUCGAGACCCCUUCGUCCAUCAAGUCUAUCGACUCCAGCGACUCGGGCAUCUUCGAGGCGGUCAAGCGGAGGCGGAUGUCGCCCUCCUCCACCCCGGUGCCGGACACCGUGUCCCCGCUCAAGACGGAUCUCCUGAGGGACGACAAGGCCUGCUCUAAGGACAUUGGCUACUACGGCUUCUACCCGACCAGCUAAAUCCUUCCAUCCAACCCAGCAAAUCCAUCCAUCCAUCCAUCCGUCUGUCCAUCCAUCCAUCCAUCCAUCCAUCCAUCCAUCCAUCCAUCCAUCCAUCCAUCCAUCCAUCCAUCCAUCCAUCCAUCCAUCCAUCCAUCCUUUUUUUCCAUUUAAUGUCUUUCUAUCCCACCCUGCACACUCUCUCUCUCUCUAUCACACGCCACUCAAUUGUUUAUUUGUUCAAUGAUUAAUCUUACUCUCAAUUUAUAUCUCACAAUAACCUGGCAUUUGAACAGGGGUGUGUCGACUUUUUUUAAUCAACUCGAUCCAUCCUUCUAUAAUCCCUCCAUCCAUCUGUUCGGACAGUUCCCUUCCACUGUUAAUAGCCAAAAACUGUACAUUAUCCAAAAUCCACUUCUUACAAUCAGGGCCACUGUAAAUAGGAAUAUAAUUUAUAUAUAUAUUAAUAUUGAUUAUUGGUGAUAGUGAUUGGAUGUACCCUCCAAAUACACUAUGUCGUGUCGAAAUGAGCAAAUAUUCUGUCAAGUAGCCUCAAGUGAUAUUGAUAUAUCUACGUUAUAUACACAUACUGAGUAUAUGUAAAUGACAUGUUUUUUGUGUAGCAAAAAAAAUCACAUUUUGUUCUUAAUCUCAAACCGUAGGCUACCAAAUGUUUCCGACGCAUCACUGCUACAUUUGUGAUACGUGCUUGAAAACAAUUUCUGUGUGUACUGUAAUGUGAUUUUGAAAUGGAGGCUGUUUUUGUAGUUGUGAAAAGAUCAGUCUCUGUUGGAAUGUCAUAGUAGCAGAAUAAAUCAUGUUAGCCUUUCACCGGGUUAUCUAUAAAAUGC